UGUAAAAUGACACAGCUAGAAUUUAAAUAUUUGAAUAAUUUAUUUCUAAAUUGUUAUUUUCUGAAGUAAAAAAAUCAUUGUAAUGCAUUUGAAAACUAUACUAAUCUUUUGUUCAUUUUGUUUUUUUACCGGAAUAAUAAGCGAGGGACUUAACGUAUUUCAAAUAAACCUCUUUGAAUACUUGAUAACGGAUUAUAAUAUUGGUAGAUCCAUUGAAAAAAUACAACAUGCAUUAUUUUGUCAUGAUAUCGAAGAGACUUACAAUGAUUAUAACCUUGAUGAUGAAAGAAGUUUAAGACUUUUCAAGAUUUUGAAUUUUUUGGCUAGAAUUAAAAAGAGAGGCGAUGACAAAAGAUUUGAAAAACUUGAUAUAAAUGAGUUUCAAAUAAUCUCAAAUAAAUUUAGUAAUCUUGAUACAGGCAACAGUGGCUUGAUACUUAAGGAACAAUGCAUUACAUUGAUUGAUUCUAUUGGUUUCUGUGAAUCUAGUGGAGGAAUC